UCUCUGCCCGGGACGAAAAAAGGUGGCGGGGGGAAGAUACGUCCAGAACCAGGCUGCUGGAUGCAUCAUCGAGACGACGCGCGCCAAGCGUCCGAGUCGGUGCUGCAAAGCAAACAACCUCUUUUACUGGGUCUCGAAUUGGGGCGAGAAGCACGCUCCGUCCUGAGGCGCCCUGGCCUUGGGGGCUGUGGAUAUGCCUGGUUGCUAAAGAACAGAAAAAAGUUUCAGCGGAGGGGAGAGCAUUCCUCGUCUCCCCAGCUCGGCGAAGGCGAAUGUGUGGUUUUAGUAGCUGAUCUGGUAGGAAGGAUGACCGAGGGAGGAUGUGCACCAGCAGCCAGAUCAUCGGGAGCCUCCUGGUGCUUUCCAUGCUGGAGAUAGGGCUGGGAGUCUCCAGCGUGGCCGUGGGGGCAGUCAGCUUCAGCUUCGUUCUUGCGGGUUCUGAGCGUUCAACUCAGCUGGGAGACUCUUCUCCGUUUUUGCUUUGUGGAGUAUGCGGAAUAUUCUGUGCCAAAAAAAAGUCAGGACUUAUUAUGAUACUUUUCUCUGCUUGCUGUAUCUGCGGGCUAAUUGGAGGAAUAUUAAACUUCCAGUUUCUUCGAGCCCUAACGAAGAAAUCCUCAACUCACUAUCCAUUACACCUUACCUCUAUGUCCCUCGCAUGCAUUGGAAUUGGUGGCUGUACUCUUUCUUCAUGGCUAACUUGCCGACUAGCCAGCUAUGAACAAAGAAGAAUGUUUUCAGAAAGAGAACAUUCAUUACAUCACUCUCAUGAAAUGGCCGAGAAAAGAUUGAGGGGUAUUGAAAUAACCGAACUGCCCAGCUGCCCAGUGAUACCCCCAACACCAGAGUUACCUCCAAGCAGACAGGUGUCUACAUCACCACACCCCCACCUCAGUCAACAUUAUCUGGCACCCUAUCUGGAAAUCCCAGCUGAGUCCAAGGAAAUGGCCGAUAACAUGUGUAACGGAGGACCACAUCUAAUUUACAAUGGAAGAGCAUACUAAAAGAUUUACAACGUUUAAAGAACAACUACAGUUAGGAUUUUCUUCAAGGGAAAAUCAAGAAGCCCACAGCUUGGAGAGAAGGUCCUAAAAUAUUAUGGCUCUUACUUGCAAUAAUUUCACAAUUUCAAAACAACAACAGCACAGUCACAUUUUCUUUCCGAGGUUUGCUUUGGUUCCCAUUAACAGAAGAUAUAUAAUUGCACAUUUUGAAGAGAAGUAUUACCACAUCUAUUUUUUUUUUGUCUGAGUAAUUUUAAUGGCUGUGAUAAUAUAUGAAGCAGACUUUUCAGACUUUGCUCAGACUUUCUUUAGGAAUGACUUCUUGAUUUGGAAAAAAGUCCCACGGCUAUAAAAAAGAUAAGAGGGUUUAAAUAAUGGAUUGCACGCUAACAGGAAGAGAAUCUGGACUUGAAAAUGUUGUCUUUCCUAUGCAGAGUCGAAUGAAUGAAUUAUGAGCAUACUGCACCUGCACUGGUGUCUGUGUUUUGAAAGACAGGAUGAUUUAAGAAUGCUAUGAGGUCAAAUAAUGCCUUGCUGUAAAGAAACUGUAAAUAUUUCCAAUUUAUGAAGUAUAUUUCAUAAUUUGUUCAUAAAAGAUGUGAAA